CUCAAGUUUAAAGUCGGCAAAAUGUGUCUGUUUUUACAAAGAGUAAUAAUGACAUAGUUCCGGAUAUAUCAAACAUUUAUGAUGGCUAUAAAUCAGAAGCAAAACGACUUGAAACAUUUGAUGACUGGCCGUCCAAUAUGGUUGUCAGAAAGGAAGAUUUAGCACGGAAUGGUUUUAUUUACCUGCAUGUAAGUGAUAGAGCGCAAUGUGUGUAUUGUCGUGGAGUGUUAUCAAAUUGGGAAGUAGGGGAUAUUGUUGAAAAUGAGCAUAAAAGGCACUGCCCUGAAUGUCCGUUUGCGUUUGGUUACGAGUGUGGUAAUAUUCCUUUACAUUCAUCAGUUAUAACUUUACAGAGACAAAAUGCAUCAUCAAGUCCUUCUUAUCCGCAGUCUUUUAACACAACAGUAAAAGUGCCUGUAGGUGCAUACCAUGGGGAUCUACCAUCACCUCAUGGUUCUUUUUUGAACAGAAUCGAUAGUAGACCCGGAGAACUCAAUUCCCUUGGGUCAAAUCUUGCUAGUUUACCAGCAAGACCAUCUUUGGGGACAACCUGGUACUGGGCAGUGACAACAAAUGAACCGAAAGUUAGAUCAUUUAAGGGUUGGCCGACUCAGAUGUCUCAGACACCGACUGAAUUAUCAAAAGCUGGACUUUUAUAUAUAUGGUAUUCACAUGUUGCUGAUUUUUCUAUUCUAACAGGUAAUGGUGACAGAUGUAAAUGUUUCUGGUGUGGUGGUGAACUCUAUGACUGGGAGCCCCAGGAUGAACCCUGGGAGGAACAUGCUAAAUGGUUCCCUCACUGUGGCUUUGUCCGAGGUGUGAAGGGUGAUGCGUACAUCCAGUAUGUUAGAGAUAGACAGAAUGGGCUGACAGUGGAUCCACCAGUGGAUGAAGUGCUAAAAUCUCCACAUGUAUUAUCCGUUUUACAAGAAGGGUAUACACAAGAACAAGUCAGGGAAGCUUUUAGCAGAUUUGGUCGAGGAAGACUGAUAGAUGCUCGUGGAAUAAAGCAGGCUAUAGAACAGACAAAGAGAGAGAGAGAAGCUCUUAUACAGGCAUCAAAUAAUAUGGCAGGUACACAAGAGACUGCCUCACCUGUUACACUACCUGAUGAAGAUGAAGAAAUGGAAGUUGAAGAGACACCACUACCUGCAAAGGAACAAAAGGCAGAAAGUAAAUCUAAUGACAGUAAUAGAUCACCAAGUAAAACUGUUAAACCUUCAACAAGUGCAUCCAGUUCUACAGGUAACCUAGGUAUUGUGUCUCUAUUUUUAGCUCACCUGUCACAAAGUGACACGGUGAGCUUUUGUGAUCGCUUUUCGUCCGGCUUCCGUCCGGCGUCCUUCCGUAAACUUUUACUUUAAAUGACAUCUCCUCAUAAACCACUAAGCCAAUUUCAUCCAAACUUCACAGGAAUGUUCCUUUGGUGGUCACCUUUAAAAAUUGUUCAAAGAAUUUAAUUCCAUGCAGAACUCUGGUUGCCAUGGCAACCGAAAGAAAAAACUUUAAAUAUCUUCUUUUAAAAAACCAUAAGAGCUAGAGCUUAGAUAUUUGGCAUGAAACAUCUUCUAGUGAGUGUCUACCAAGUUUGUUCAAAUAAAAGCCCUGGGGUCAAAAUUGGCCCCGCCCAGGGAGGUCAUUGAUUUUCCCUAUAUGCAUAUACAGUUGACUCUCGGUUACUCGAAAUCCAAGGGACUGGGCAUUUUACUUCGAGAGAAACGGAAUUCGAGUAACGUGGAACUGCCGCAAUUACGUUGACAGUCGUACAUGUAUAUA